CAGCACACUGCACUUUUCGCGUAGCCUUUGCUUGGUGAAGAUUUAUUAAAUUAAACAAAUUGCAUUGGCUGCAUUUAAUCUUAUCUUUAUAUUUUCGUGAACACGUGUGCGGAAUCCCUUGGAAAGGGCGAAAAAAAUGCAUUGUUGAAAGGAGUGGAGAGAGUUUUUGUUGUUGUUGGCCUGGCUGCAAUAAUGAAAAAUUCGGUGAAGCAGACACACAUACAUACAAAUGCUAGCAUUUGCCCGUGUGCGCUGGUGUGCGUUUUGUGUGGUGGUGUGCGAAGAAGCAGUUCAAUUUCACUUGUUCUAGUGAAUUGCAAAUAUUCCGGGAAUCAAGCCAACUACGGGAAAAGUCUCAUUGAACGCGCUGACGUAUAUAUGUACAUAUGAGCCGCAAUUCGAUGCCCAACCAAUAAACAAACGACGACGCCGAACGAUCGCCGCCAACCCAUUACUACUCCCCCCCGCCCCGUGCCACCACCAAUAUCCCUGAUUCCUCAUCCAAACAACCGACGUCUAACGCCCCCACGAAGCAGAAGACGACGACGAAGAACAGAGGAGCCGGGAGGAGGAGGAGGAGGAGGAGCACCCUGCCUGCCCUCAGGUAGUGGCCACCUGCUGCUCCGCCGUCUCCACCGCUGCUAGCUGCGCAUAAACCGAAACAGUCGCAAUGAAGGUGGACACGGUGAAGCUGAAGAAGGGCUCCUCGGAGCUCACAGCCGAGUGUCGCGAGCUCAUUGAUGAGCUGACGAAGCGUCGGACCCGGGCAGAGCUGCUCGAGUUCCUCGACACGGUCCAUGUAUGGAUCUAUGGCAAGUGCGAGCUCUAUCACUGGAUCGAGAUACUCGACCGAUUCGACAAGAUACUCGAGGAGGCGGCGCGACAUGUCAAUGCCAAUGAAUUUGUGCUGCAGUGUGACACCAAUUUCCAGGAUAUGGAUGUCACUUUGCUGCUGCAUGUCCUCAAUUUCACCACACUGCUGAUCGAGCACUCGUUCUCGCGUCACUUGUACAACUCCAUUGAGCACCUCACACAGCUGCUCUCCUCACAGAACAUGGACAUAGUCCUGGCCGUCCUGAACCUGCUCUACAUGUUCUCCAAGCGCAGCAACUUUAUACCCCGCCUUCCAUUCGAGAAGAAGGAGCUGCUGAUUGUCAAGCUCUUCAACAUAGCCGAGCGCUGGGGCGAUCCCAACUACGGCCUGUCGCUCAAGGACUGCUGCAUCGGCGAGCCCAAGCUGGAGUUUCUCUACCAGCUGUGCAUCGACUAUGUGGACGAGCACGGUCACGCCGCCCAGCUAGAAAUCCCGGACAUGAUGGACCUCUGCCACACGGCAGCAGCUCCCGAGGUGAUCAAGACGAUUGCCGGACAGAUCUCAAAGCCCAGUGAGGCCAUCAAGAUGCGCAUUGCUCAUCGUGUGCGCUUGAUCUCCGGGUUCAACAACUACAAGCUGCGCCUGCAGUUCGUCCAAGCCCGCCUGCAGGCCGUCUCCAUUUUGAUCUACUCCAAUGCCCUGCAGGACAACACGGAUAAGGUGCUGUAUGCCGGCUUUGGCGAGGAGCUAUGCGAGCUCAUAGACAAGGAGGAUGUGCAUCUGGUGGAGAUACGAGCAGCAGUGCUGCGUACUCUCACCUCAAUGCUGCACUUUGACCGCAAUCCCAAUGUGCCCAGCAGGGCCGGUUCGCGUCUGAUGAAGAUCGUCCAUUAUACGGGAGCCGAGCGGCAGGGCGGUACAUUGCCGUUGCUGGUGCGUGACUGCAUCGAUAACCUGACUACACAUGGACUCACCGAGCGUUAUCCGCUCAUUUUGGCCACCUCGCUCUUCUCGCUGCUGUACCAUCUGGCUAGCUACGAGAUGGGUGGAUCCGCUUUGGUCAAAAGCGGCAUGAUGCAGUCACUGCUGUGCGUCAUCAGUUGGCCGGGCGUUGAUCUCGAGCAUAUAACAUUUGUGACGCGGGCUGUGCGCGUUAUAGACUUGAUCACCAACAUAGACAUUGCCCGGUUCCAUCAAAACAAUGGUCUCAAUGUGUUUAUUGACCGUUUGGAGAAGGAGAUUAAGAGCUGCUGCAAGGCGCUGGCCGACAUUGGCAUUACCCUGAAGGAGUCAACGCUGCGCGAUGAUAACAAGCUGGACACAUCGCUGGAUCAAGUCGAUGAGGAUGUGGAAGAUGGCACCGGCGAGAAUGCUUCCAUAGCCAGUGGCAGUGGUUCCCCCCGUCCUGAGAAUUCGAGUGAUGGCAGCGGAGCCGUUUCAGGAGCCGGUCUCCUGAACGUAGCACGUAGUCUCGCUGGGGGCGAAGUUGGACCACCUGGCCCCAUUAACCGAGACGGCAGCACCUCCAGACCGCCCAUGUAUCCCACAAACAGUUACUAUGCCCGGCCGCUGGCCGAGCGCAAGGCGGAGCUCUCGUCGCAGCUGCCGAGCAGCCUGCAGCCGAAGAAACCCUCCUGCGUUACCCAGCGAGCGGCUCUGCUCAAGUCGAUGCUGAAUUUCCUGAAGAAGAGCAUCCAGGAUCAUGCUCACUUCAGCAACAUGCGGAAUAUAAUGGAGACCAGCCUCACACAGUCGCUGCGUCACAUCAUCGCCAAUGCCGAGUACUAUGGACCAUCGCUCUUUCUGCUGGCCACCGAUGUGGUCACCGUGUACGUAUUUAACGAGCCCUCGCUGCUUUCUUCGCUGCAGGAUCUGGGCAUUACCAGUGUGAUGCUGAAGGCGUUGCUCCAGAAGGAUGUGCCGGCCACCCGUGAGGUUCUGGGCUCCCUGCCCAAUGUCUUCUCCGCCCUGUGCCUCAACGAGCGUGGACUGUUUGAGUUUCUAUCGUACGAUCCGUUCGACAAGGUGCUGAAGGUGCUGCUCUCGCCGGACUAUCUGGUGGCCAUGCGGCGACGCCGUUCCUCGGACCCAUUGGGCGACACAGCCACCAAUCUGGGCAAUGCCAUGGAUGAUCUGCUCAAGCAUCAUCCUUACUUACGAGCGGAUGCCACCGACGCAAUUGUGCGGCUCCUGAACGAGCUGGUACGCCUGGGCUCGGAUCCCAGUUUCAUUUGCUGGCGUGCCAACAAGGAGAGCGGCGGCGGCGGCUCUGGCUCAGGAUCGGGCAGCCAUGGUGCAGCUCAUCAUGUGGCCUCGGCACCCUCGCCUAUGGUUAUGGUGGCCGGUGCUGGAGGCGGUGUCUCUGUGCUCCAAGGUGCUGCCGAUACGAACGAUAGCAGCGGCGAGGAUGAUGACGAUGAUGAUGAGAUGAGCUCCGCCUCGCAGCAGCAACAACAGCCAACGACGACGACGACCGGUCAGGUGAGUGCCGCCACCACGCCUAGGACACAGCAGCAGCAGCAACAGCAGCAGGUGCUAGGAGCAGCUGGAGCUGGAGGAGGAGCAGCAGCUGGAGCAGGAGGUGUAGCUGUAACCUCGCAGGCUGUCAAGGUGGCCACGCCACCGGAACGGGAGGCCAUUCCCCUGAUUGAUUACAUCCUGAACGUGAUGAAGUUCAUCGAGGCCAUCUUUAGCAACAGUGCCAAUGGCGAUCACUGCCGUGACUUUGUGCUCCAUGGUGGUCUAAAGCCCAUUCUGCAGCUGCUUUCCCUGCCCAAUCUGCCAGUGGAUUCGCCUGUGUCCACCACCUCGCAGGCGGUGGCCAAUGUCUGCAAGGCUAUACUCACCGAGGCGCAGGAGACCAAGGUCCUGGAUGUGGCACUCAAUCAGCUGGCGGACAUUGUGGCCCAGCUGAAGCCGCUGAUCAAGCACUUUACCUUUCCCGGCGGCAGUGUCCUGCUUGCAGAGCUCGUCUGCUGCCAGCGCUUGGAGGAUGGCUUCGCCAAUGCCGAGUACACGCCCAUUCUGCACAACAUGAGCUUCGUGCAUGGCUAUGUGGUGAUGCUGGUGCAUCUCUGCCGCAAUGCCUCCAACGGGAUGCGCACCAUUCUCCUCAAGCGCUGGGGCGUUAAUCGGGAGACGGGCGUCCAGCUGCUGCAGCAGCUCGUCCAGCUCUACAUUUCGCUGGUAUGGGAGAGCACCAUACUGCUGAAUCUGUGCUCCGAUGAGCCCACACAGCAUCCGGAUUUGAUUUGGGAUGAGAUUGCCGCCCAAAUGUCGGCGGCAGCGGGCACCUCAGAUCCGUUGACCGAGGCGGAGCUCUCUCGCAAGCUGGAGCGAGCGGCUGAAUUUCGUACCAAGUAUACGCCCGAGGAGCAGUUCCGGUACAUCAAAUCCCUGCUGGCGGCCAGCUCCCGUCUGGGCAGAGCCCUAGCCGAGCUCCUAGGUACCCUGGUGAAGCUAUCGGUGGGCUCACCACAGACCCGGCAGCGAAGAAUCAACGAUCUUAUCAGCAAUAUCAACAAAGUUCCUACGCCGGAGGCUCGUGAAAUAGCCCGAAUCCUCAGCUCCAUCCUGGUCAAUGGGUUCAGUCACGAGAGCAUCCUGCCCAAGCCAGUGCCCAAGCUGAAGCUAACCUUCCUCAUCUGCUCGGUGGGCUUCACGGGGCCCAUGCUGUUCGAUGACAAGCGCAGCGCCUUCCACCUGAUGAUCUCGCAGUUUUGUGCCGAGAAUGGCCUCAAAGCCUUCUUCGAGAUGUUCUACUGGGCGCUGUCCCUGGACAAUGUCUCCCAGAAGUUUGAGUUUGAUCAGUGGGCCUCCAUGGAGGAUUUGAUGGUGGCGCAUGAGGAUGAUAAGCGUGACUGUCCGGAGGGCACUGGGGAGUUCCUCGAUGCCUGGCUGCAGCUUCUCGAGAAGAUGGUGAAUCCCCGGGCCAUGUUGGACUCCCCCUACACGAUGAGUCCGCGCUUGAAUUAUCUGCCGGAUUCGGUGCCCUUUGAGCCGGUCUUUUACCUGAUUCACAUCCACCAGCUGGCCAUGCAGGCGUUGCGCCGGAUCUGGGCACGUCGCCCCAUACCCAACUAUGGACCCAGCAUGUUUGAGACCAUGAUCCUCAUCCUGAAGCAUCUGAUCAAGUCGCAUCAGACUCUGCUGGAUCGGUAUCACACCCGGAUGAAGGAGAUCAAGUUUGAGAAUCUGUACAUACGCAGCUCGGACGAUGGCCUGAAUGCGGAGCACAUCAAGAUGCUCACGGACAUGGGCUUUAUGCACUACCAUGUCAUCGAGGCGCUGCGCAGCAAUGCAUCCUUGGAGGAGGCCACCGACUACCUGCUAAACAAUCCCGAGGCAAGUGCUUUGUGGCAGCCUGGAAGCAGCAGCAGCAGCAAUAAUCCAGCAGGAGGAGCAGGAGGAUCUGCUGCUCCCCCGCCGCCGCCGCCGCCCUUGCCACCGACCAGCAGCAGCAGCGCCACAAUGGACAUAGACAUGGAGAUGGAUGGUGCUACUGCUGGUGCUGCUCCUCCCAGUGCUUCUGGUGAGGCCUCCCAACAACCCUCCUCAUCGUCCUCAUCAUCUUCCUCCACGUACGACUACAAGCACCUGAAGCUGAUGCCCUCGCUGAUCUUUGAUCGCUUCUGCGACGAGGCCAUCUCCCGGGCCUUUGAGUUCAUGGAGGCCAUACCCGACACCGUUAACAGUGCCGCCGAUCUGAUAGCCGUCCUCUACAGGCGCCACAAUCACCUCAACAAGCAGGUGUUUGUCACCAAUUUUGUGCGCAACAUAAUCCAGUGGGUGGACUUUACCCUGCAGCUUUUUGAGCCAGAAAAGGGCACUAGUAACUCCUCCGCCUCCGCCUCCUCCACCUCCUCCCGCCUGGAAGAGUGCCUCUCGGGCAUGACGGCCACCCGUUUGUUUGUGCGCCUCAAGACCUCAACUUUGCUGCUAGAGGAGAACUACAGUGAUCUGCAUCGUCCACUGGUGGAGGCCAUUACAGCCCAAGAUGCCAUGGUGUCCCUGGUCAAGCUCCUCGACUGCAUGAGUCAAUGGAUGCUGGAGCAGGCGAGUGAAACCUCCCGACCCAUGGUGCCGCGUUGGGUACAGAAUUUGGUGGAUCUAAUAGAUGCCAUCGAUAGCAUUAGCCACAUCCUCCAGCGCAAGGCCAACAUGCGGGCGGUGAGCAGUGAUGUAUGGCGCUGGUAUGAUGCCUCCACGGGCAAAUGGAAUGCCUACUCGGAGGCCAACAAUGAGUUAAUACGGAAUGCCUAUGCCGCCGGCGAACGCUGGCUGCACAUCAACAUUGGCAGGCAGCGGUGCACCGUGAGCUUGAACUGCAUGACCCAGGUGAGCGAGGCCUCCGGAACCCAUCGUCCUGUGUUUCCCGCUUUGAAGCUAAGCGAGGCCAUUGGGUUUAUGAACAAUCCGGUGGUGUUGCCCAGGGCGGAUAACUUUCUGAAUAGGAUCAUACGCACCUCGCCCGAUGGCACGGGGACCGUGCAAACGGAUGAGUUGAUACCACUGCGUCAGUUGGUUAACUUUAAUGAUGGUCAGCCGGCGGAGAAUGCAGCCAACAAGGAGGGGGAGAGUGGAGGAGGAGGAGGAGGAGGAGGAGGAGAAGGAGGAACAGGAGGUACAGGUGGUACAGGAGGAGCAGUCGCUGCACCACCUAGUGAGGACAAUAGUGGUGGCUCCCCGCCACCGGCCAUGACCACACGCAGCAAAUCCCGGCAAAAGAACGCCUUGGCCGCUGCUGCUGCCGCUAAGGCCAAGUCCUCCUCCUCCAACUCCACCUCCACCACCACAACCACCUCUUCCUCGCAAGCAACGGGCAGCUCUCCGCCCAUACCCAAGCGCACACAAAAGAUCAUCCUGAAUGAGGAGCAGGUGGGCCUCAGCAAGUUCGACUGCGGCCGCAUCAUUGGCAGCAUUGUGGAUCUCCUCAAGCCGGCGAAUCUGCUCCACAACGAGACGAAGCUAUCGCUACUCCGUCUGUGUGCCCGGCUCACGCGCAACUACGACAACGCCCAGGUCUUUAUCCGGCGGGGUGGAGUGAGGAUGCUGCUCCACCUGCAGCAGGCCUGCAGCUUUAUGGGCUUCCCCACCUAUGCCAUCAUCAUCCUACGACAUGUCCUGGAAGCCCCGCCCGUGCUGCAGGAGGCCAUGGAACGUGUGCUGGGCAUGCGGGCAGCUGGAAUCGUUCCAGUGGGCCAUCGUGACCUCAUCUAUGUCCUCACCCAGGUCUCAACGGCGGUGUCCCGUAAUCCCCAGAUCUUUGUGGCCGCCGCCAAGGAGAUGCUCAAGGGGGAGUAUCUCUUGAACUCUAGCAGUUCCACGCUGACCGAUGAUGCCCGGGUGAUGGUCAAGUCCAAGUUUGGCCAGCAGCCCACGGCGGCGGCAGGCGGAGCCACACCGCAGAACCAAACAUCGCCGCAGUCGGCUAAAAACCAAGACGACCAAGAUCUGAUGAAGGAUGAUCCGCAAGUGCAGUCCUCGGUGGCCGUGCUCAAGGAUCUGCUGCAUGGACUGGUGCAGCCUUGCUGGCAUUAUGGCGGCACAGCCUCCACGGACCGGGGUCAGGGAGCUGCCGAGCUAGUGCAGCCGGAUCAGCCGCCGGGCACAGCGCAAGCCCAAGGAGGAGGAGGAUUAUGUCACGAGGAUGACGUGAGGCAGCAGGACACUGGCACUACUCAAGCCACAACAAGCAAGAAGCAAGGAACACAGCAGCAGCCAGCCUCGGACAAAUUUGAGCCCUGCUGCUGCACCUGGCACAUCCCCACCAGCGCCCAUAGCCAUGCCAAGCCAACGAUUUCGCGAGCCACUUUGCUGAAGCUUCUGGCGGACGCCACGCGUGCCUAUCAAUCUCUGGUGCCGCGUGUCCUGCUCUCACAUAUCUACACGCCGGCCGACAGCCCCUUGAUCUCGGCACCCCAGCAGACCUUCCUGGGCGUUCUACUGGAUCGGUUCCUCCCUCUAACCCAGCGUCAUCAUGUCCCCGAGGUGAGCACCAUGACCCGGGUGCUGGUGUGCUCCCUCUCGGACUGCUACCAGCAGCCGGGUGUCCAGGUGCAGGUAGCCGAGGAGCUGCAUGCCGCAGUGGCGCGAGCUCUGGCCCAGCCGGACUCAUCCGAGAAGCACACACGCCUGCAGGUCCUGAUGAGCCUGUUCCCCAACCUAAUCGAGUCCCCGAUGCUGUACGACAAGGUGCACAUGCACAGGAACAACAUGUACCGGGUGCUCCUUCGGCAGGGUGUGAUGACCUACCUGACCAAGGUGGCCCAGUACAAGGAUCUGUCGAAUCACAAUACUUUGAGCACUCUGGCCGCCAUCCUGCGGCCCAUGGAGAUCUUGUUACGAUUCAGUGUCUCCACCACAACGCUGGGCUCCAAACGGAUACUCUUUGGCGGCGGCGGAGCAGGAGGAGGAGGAGCUGGUGGCGGAGCCAAUGGCACUGGCAGCGGUACUAAUAACGGCAGCAAUGUAACCGGCGGUGGCUCUGGGCCGGGAUCGCUCAAUACCUAUGGAGCCAUCAUCAAUCGAAGGUUGUAUCCUCGCCUGGCGGCACGAGCAGCCUUGAAUGCCGAACGCUCCAAUGCCGGCGAGCAUGUGCUUCGUGACAUAAUCCGUAAUGUGCUCUCGGAUCGCCGGCAUGCCUUUGAGUUUAUUUUCAAUUCGGAUGAAAUGGCCGUGGAUGCAGACGAUGCAGGAGCGGGAGGAGCAGGAGCAGGAGGUGGUGCAGCCGGCGGUGGUGCCUCGGGAACCGGUUCAGGUGGCGGUGUCACCGCCGCUGUUAUCGAUGUGGUCGAAGAGCGCAGCAAUGGCGGAGAUACCAACGAUCAUCCUCCAGCCUCUAGCUCGGCUCCUGGCGGCGGCAAUCAGUCCGGCUCUGGACCCGUCCGUCCAGUACUCAACUUUGAUCAACUGUGGGAUGACUUCCUCCAGAGCGAGGGACUGCGUCUGGCCUCGCGGGCCAUUGGCAGUAAUGGUUCCAGCAGCAGUGGAGCCAACGGCGGCGGCGGAAGCUCAUCUGCCCAGCAGAAUGGCAGCAAUGCCAUAGGCAGCGGCGGCGGAGUAGCCGGAACUGGAGGCAAUGCCACAAAUUCGGGAAACAACUCGGUUCCCGAUGUGGAUGUGGAUAACAGCAGUGGUGGUGGCAUAGCCGGCGCCAAUAAUCCCAACUCUGUAAACGACAAUGGAAUCGGUGGAAUCGGUGGCGGUGGCAGUGAUGGCGCCUCCACAUCCUCGGACCAGGGACUACGUAAUCUCCGCGAGAUAAAUGCCUCGCUCUUGGGUGAUGUCAGCACCACUGAUUCGGAUUCGGAUGCCUCCACGGAGAAUGAUGAGCGCAAUGAGGAGGAGGAGGACGAGGAUGAGGAUGCGCCCGAUGAGGAUGUGGAUGAGCAUAGCGAAACGGAUGUGGAUGAAGAGCGUCCAUUUAUCGAAGUCUUUGAUCAUAUCUAUGAACCGGAAUCCUCGGAAACGGCCUCCAAUGAUGCCGAUGUGGAUGCCGAUGAUGAUGACGAGGAUGACGAGGAUGAGGAGGAUGUUGACGAUGAUGAGGAUGAUGAUGGCGACGAUGAGGAUCGUGAGGAGCGCCAGAGCAUCAUCGAUGCCGAGCUGGAGAACCAAAUAGACAUGGCCAUUGGCCUGACCACAUCCAGCCAGCGUCCGCGACGCAGUGCAGCGGUCAAUGCCUCGGGCGAUGGCUGUGCCAAUCGCACAACGAAUCCGGGCAACGAUGAGGUCGACGACGAUGAAGACGAUGAUGAUGAGGACGAUGAUGAUGCGGACCAUGAUCGCGAUCCGGAUGGAGAUCCCACACGUGUCGCCGCCGAGGCCGAGGAGGAGGCUUAUCUGUAUGAGCACCUGGUGGGCGAUAGUCCUCAUUUGAUGCCCACGCCGCCGGAUAGUUUCCGGGUGAGGAUGAACCGCACCAUUGCCCAGAUUGCCCAGCCCCUGGACAUUGAUGUCAUCGGUGGGAGUGGUGGAAGUGGUAAUGGAGGUACUGGAGGCAAUGGCGGUAACGGUGGCAGCGGUUCAGGUGUCACUGGUUCGUCCAGCAACUCUGCCAGUGGCGGUGGCUUCUCCCUGCGCGGCUUCUCCAUGCGUGGCCAAGGCGGCGGCAGCAGCAGCAGCUCUACAUCCAACGCCUUGCGUCCCUCAUCCAGUUCUUGGAUGGCUCCAGAUUUGAACUUUCUGGGCGAAGCGCUUCCCAGUAUUUCCGGUGACGCCUCUGGCAGCGGCACGGGAGCAACCACCAGUGGUGGUGGCACUGCCAAUGGUGGCGAGGUGAAUGCCUUCUUAACGCCCUCGCUGGUCCAGGGCGUGGCCUCUGGCAGUGGCCAGAACAUGAGCAAUCUAUUGGAGGAACAACCGCGUGGAGGUGAUGGAUCAGCAGGAGGAGCAGGAUCGGGUGGAGGAGGAGGAGGAGGAGCAGCAGCAGCAGGCGGAGCAGGAGCCUCGGGUUCAGGCACCACCAGCAAUGGCGGUGGCGGUGGUGGUGGAAGUGGGGGCACUGCCCCUGCCCAGCAUCCCAAUGCCACUCUCUGCACCAAUGGAGUGCGAAGGCGUCUGCUCUACCUGGACCAGCAGUACUGCGUGUGCAUGCCCACGCAUCAGAAUCCAACCGAGGAGACCCAGAUGGAGACCUUUACCCAGGAUGCUCUCCACUGGUGGCUGGAAGAGGCCAAGGCUUUGGAUAUGGAAAGCCAAACGGAUGCCUGUCUAUAUGCUGCCCACUUCCUGUUGCCGCAUCUCAUCAAGGAGCUUAAGGUGGCUCACCAGCAGCGCAAGCAAGAGGAAACUGCUCGCCAGGUGGCAGCGGCGGCUAACAAUGCGGCUACUCCGCCAGGAGCAGGAGCAGGAACAGUAGCUCCAGCAACUGGACCAGCUCCAGCCUCAGCCGUGACCACGCCAGCGGGUGGAGGAGGAGGAGGAUCUACAACCACAUCGUUUAUGGGAACAAGCACAAACAGUGGUGCAGUGGUGGUGCCACCAGUGGCUGCCUCGGCCACAGGUGGAACCCGUCGUAGCUCCAUUCCUGUGCUGAUUCCCUCCAACUUUGGAGGAGCGGCACCACCAGCAGGAGGAGGAGCAGCAGCCCCAUCAGGAGGAGCAGCGGGCUCUGGCGAUGGAGCAGGUGCCGGUGCCUCCACCCACAGCCCAUUCCUACAACUACCCACAACGAUUUCCAAUAACAGCAGCAGCGCGGCCGAAUCCCAAACUACCACGACGGCCACACGGGGACACCGACGCGGACGUCCAGGUGCCCCAUCUAUCUUCAACAUUUACGCUGAAAUUGAUUUGACCAACGAAACGGAUAGCCAAGGGGCCAGCAGCGCCGCCAAUCCAACGCCGGAGGCAGGAGUAGGAGUAGGAGGAGCUGAGGGUCAGGUGAACCAGAACUUUUUCACCAACUCUUCGUCGUCCGCCUCCUCCUCACCAAAUCAGCGGCUACCUUUGGUGUUGCCUUCGCCCACCACCACCACCAGCAACACCAACACCAGCGGCAGGCCUUUGCGUCCUUACUCCCGUCUGGAUGAUGCCGAGCUGCUCCUAAUGCAGCUGGCCGAUCGCCAGACCUCUCGCAGUCGCCCCGUGAACCACAGCCUGUAUCCGUCAUCCCGACACUCGGGCAGCAGCAGCAGCAGCUCUCGUCCCAAUCGGGAUUUGCCCGCCCGCUUGCAGCGUCUUGUGCAGGCUCAUAGCGCCGCUGUGGGACAAAGAAGCAACAAUGCGUCAUCAGGAUCUGCAGGAUCUGGGCAAGGACUUGCCAUACUCUCCACGCUGGAGCAGCAGCUGGGCCAGACACCUUCCGAGAAUCGAAAUAACUUUGGCUUGCCCUCGUCUCUGGAGGUGGAUGUGAUGCCGCCGGUUGGUGGUGGUAUACUGGGCAUGCCCCUGCAGGAGGCCCAUCCGGAGGAUGAGGUGGUGGUGCAAAUUGAACCGCAAAUAUUGCCACCACCGCCACCACCACCACCGCCGCCGGCGCCAGCAGUGGUCAGUGAUGAUGCCGCAGCGGCGGCGGCGGUGCUCAUUGACAAUGAGGAGGAUGAGGAGGAGGAUGAGGAUGAAGAUGGUGACGAUGGUCUGGAAGCUCUGGCACGCUGGAUGCCGCGUAGUGAGUCGGAAGGAGUAGUAGCUGCCAACCUAAGGGAUGCUUGGUUCACACUUAAUCCCAGGGAAAACCCGGAGACAUCGAGUCAGGAACCUUGGUUCACGGCUUAUCCCAGGGAAAGGGCCACGGAGACAUCCAGUCAGACGGCGGAGGGUGGAGCUGAAAGCAGUCCAGCAGCAGCAACGGCGCCAGAGGCAGAGCCCAGGUCAGGAGGGGAAGCGGGAGGAGCCACAGCGGUUAGUACGGAGACGGGAGAGGGCAGAGAUGCGGGAGCAGGAGGAGGAGGAGGAGGAACAACAACAGGAGCUGGAGCCACCAUUACAGACAUGAGCCCAGAAGUGCGUGCCGCUCUUGGUGAUCUGGAGGUGCCCGAGGGCGUUGAUCCCUCCUUCCUGGCCGCCCUGCCCAGCGAGAUGCGCGAGGAGGUGAUCCAGGAGCAUCUGCGCAUGCAACGCAUCCGCCAGCGUGCCCAGCAGAAUGCCAUCCAAAUAGCCCAUGACUCGCUGGUCGAGGUCAAUCCCGAAUUCCUGGCCGCCCUGCCAUUGAACAUUCAGUCGGAGGUGCUGAUGCAGCAGCGCAUAGAGCAGCAGAGGCAGGCGGCACAGAGUGCCAAUCCGGAGGAUCCCGUGGACACGGCUGCCUUCUUUCAGAAUCUGCCCGAGAAUCUGCGACAAGCGAUCCUAACGGACAUGGAGGAGUCACAGAUAGCCAGCUUGCCACCGGAGUUGGCAGCCGAGGCACAGUUCCUGCGUCGCGACUGGGAGUCGCGUAAUGGCGCCCGCCUGGAUGCCCAUCCGCCCAGCAAUGCCUUGACCCGCUUCCAGACCACUCUCCAGAGCCUGGAGGAGGCCCGCUGGCACAGCUCCAUUUGGUAUGAUGCCAGCGGCAAUGCCCAGCCCCAGCAUCAUCAGCACACCACGAUUGUCCACCAUCAUCCGCAUCCGCACCAGCUGGCGCCCAUGGGCAAGCCCUUGGCCUUGCUUAUGAUGGAGGAUGAGAAUAUCCUGCUUGAUCCCGACUCGCUGGCCACCUUGCUGCUGUUCCUGUUCGUGGAGGACCAGAAGGUCUACAGCAUGCGACUGCAUCGGGUCAUCAGGAAUCUGUGUCACCAUGAGCCCACCAGGGAUUGGAUUAUCAAUGCCCUGAUCAGCAUUGUCCAGAAGACCAACGAGGAUAAUGCCAAUUUUGGUGCUGCCGGCGGCCAGGCGGGUAGCAAGCCGGAGUGGCUGAAGCUGCGCGUGGAUGCCGCCUUUGGCUACAAGAGCAACAUCUUCCUGAUCAACAGAAUGUACGAGGGCAGUGCCAGGAGUAUCAGCAUAAAUCCCCAGGCGGCUCAGAUGAUUGUAAGGAAUUGCCUGGACCUGUUGUUUGUCCUGGCCAAGCACUAUCCCAGCAGCUUUGUGCCCUACAAUAGGGAGGUGAAGACAAGACGCAUUCUAAGUGCGGUGUUGGGCUUACCAGGCGGAGGAGGAGGAGCAGGAGGAGGAGGAGGAGGAGGAGGAACGGGAGCCGGAGGAGGAACCUGGCCCACAGCUGGAGGAGAAACCGCUAGAGCAGGAGGCAUGCCCUGGCCCACAGCUGGAGGAGAAACCGCUAGAGCUGGCGUUGCACCUCCUCCUCGAUUGGAUGACGCUGUGCCACCGGGUGGAACUCUAGACUUUCGUUCACGUUUCUGUCGCUACCAAGUGGCCAAUCGCCUACGCGGUAUCCUGGAUAAUCAGCAGCCAGCCAGCAGCAGUCAGUCGUCCUCAUCAUCAAAGCCUCCUUUAGAUGAGGCCCCCUCCACCUCCAAAGCGGCAGCAGCCAAGGCAGCGGCCAGUGCCAAGGUGUCGUCGUCCAGUGGUAGCCCCCAAUCCGUGCCCUACCAAACCAAUGCCAAGAACUUCUGGGAUGUGGUCCUCAACAUUGACAGGCAGACCCAAGUGCGUAUGUCGCAUGUCAACCAGUUUCCGCUCACCUCGCAGCCACCGUGGGAGUGGCAGACCAACACCUCCGACUUUUUGUCCUUCAGCGACUCACCCUUUGGCCAGCUGCUGGAGAUGCUGCCCUACAAGGUGAUCUGCCGGUCGCCACAUCUCACUGAUAUGCUGGUCAAGCUUCUGGCCUCGCUGAGCACGGAGCUGCCCAAGGAGGAGGAGUGGCUGCCGGAACAGAUGCCGCCGCUGAUACCCAUAGGUCAGGCCACAGGAUCAGCAGGAGCAGCGGCGUCUGAAGGAGGCACAACAACGGCGGUGAGCAGUGCCAGCGAGAUUGGUGAUGGUCUGGCCACCAAUAGCACUGAGGAGGUGACCCCGGCCAGUGGAAAUCCAGCCUCUGGGGAUGGUAAUGAUGGGGUAAAGCCGGCGGCUUUGCCCACCUUGAGCGUGGCUCUGCCAGUGCAACCCACGAAGCCCAGGCGCAAGAUCUAUGCCAAGAACUUCUCCCAGCUGCAGCUGGUGAUCGAGGUGCUGACCCACCAGUGCGGCACCACCGAGGGCUUGGACAAUGUGGCCAAGCUGAUAGUCAAUCUCACGCAAUGCUCGCAGGCCUCCAAUGCCAUAUUUAUACAAUACUUGACGGCGGCCAUUCUGGGCCUGGCCGAGGAAGUGCGUCAGGCCAUACAGACGCUGCUGAAUGAGAUUCGAGCGUACAAUAGUCACCAGGGUGUGGCCAGUACAUCAUCAUCUACAGCUGCUGCUCCUUCAGGUGCCUCGGGUUCCUCCACUGGUGCCAGUUUCCUGCCCAAUCUGGCCGUUAACGAGGGCAUCAUGCAAGAUCGCUUUACCGCCGAACAUGUCAUCAUUUCGGCCCCCAAGAAUGCCAAGCCCACCUGCGAGCUGCAGCUACCGUCGAUGAAGAAGCUCAUGUCCAACUCCUCCGCCCAGCCCUACUUCCUGCGCACCCUGAAGAUCUUUAUGCAGGUGCGGGAUAUGUACGAUUCGCCGGAUAUCCUGCCCACGGUGGGGGCAGGCAGCAGUGCGGCAUCAGGCGGCAGAAGAACCCUUGGCUCUGGCGGUCACGAGGAUGAUGACUUUAUAGACAUUUUGGGUGAUCCUCCGACGGGUAGCAAUAUGUGGGCCACCGAAUCGGUGAGCACAGGUCCCUCGCCGCCGCCUCUGUCUAUCUUUAGUAUGGACACCAAUCCUCAGCAGCAGCAGCAGCAACAGCAGCAGCAGCAGCAGCAACAGCAACAGCAGCCUUUGCCACAGGUUAGCCUGCAAGAUGGCGACGAGGAUGAGGUGGACGAUGAAGACUAUUUGGAUGUGGAUGAGCCCCUGAGAUCCUUCAAUAACAUGGCCACCAAAACCACAACGAACAGCAGCAGCAGCAACAGUAGCAGCGGCAGCAACAACAAGCCCACGCUAAGCCAGAUUCUCUGCCUGGAUGUGCUCUGGCACACGCUCAGCGAGUGCCUGGUGGCCUUGGAGGAGUCCAAGGAUGAGUUUGCUGUCCUGGUACUGCAGCCAACAGUGGAGGCCUUCUUCCUGAUCCAUGCCUCGCAUAGGAAUGCUGUAAAGAAGCCCAGAAUUGGCGGUGCCAUUGUCCUGGGUCUGCGCUCUUUGGCCGGUCCGAAUGGCAGAGCCUUGGCUGCAGAGAUGGCAGCAGCGGCGGCGGCGGCGGCAGCUAACCAGAGGCAGCAGCAGCAGCAGCGACAGCAGAACAGUCCACCGCCCAUGGAGGAUGGUAGUAGCAGUGUCAACACCAGCUAUGAAGAUGAGCCAAGGAUGCAGGAUGCCUCUACCAAUACACCCAACCAGCAGCAGGCUAGCUCUGCCGGCAGCACCAGCACCGCUUUGAGUGCUCACGAAGCCCAGCUGCGUCAGGAUCGCCAGAAGUUCCUUCAGUUUGCCGAGAAGCAUCGCACUGUGCUCAAUCAGAUCCUGCGCCAGUCGCCCACUCAUCUCUCCGAUGGCCCCUUUGCCGUCCUGGUGGAUCAUACUCGCAUCCUGGACUUUGAUGUAAAGCGCAAAUUCUUCCAAACGGAGCUGGAGCGCCUGGACGAGGGUAUACGGCGCGAGGAGCAUACGGUUAGUGUGCGACGUGUCACCGUUUUUGAGGACUCUUUCCGUGUGUUGUACCGCCUGGGACCAGAGGAGUGGAAGAAUCGAUUUUACAUUGUCUUCGAGGAUGAGGAGGGCCAGGAUGCUGGCGGUUUGCUGCGCGAAUGGUAUGUGAUUAUAUCACGCGAGAUCUUCAAUCCCAUGUAUGCCUUGUUCUGCGUAUCGCCGGGCGAUCGCGUCACCUACAUGAUCAAUCCCUCGAGCCAUGCCAAUCCCAAUCACCUGAGCUACUUCAAGUUCGUGGGCCGCGUAAUUGCCAAGGCCGUUCACGAUAACAAGCUGCUCGAGUGCUAUUUCACACGCUCCUUCUACAAGCACAUCCUGGGCAAGCAGGUGAAGCACACGGACAUGGAGUCGCAGGACUAUGAGUUCUACAAGGGCCUCGACUAUCUCAUGAAGAACGACAUCUCCACGCUGGGCUAUGAACUGACCUUCUCCACGGAGGUCCAAGAGUUUGGCGUCACCCAGAUACGGGAUCUCAAGCCCAAUGGCCGGGACAUAGCGGUGACCGAGGAGAACAAGUUCGAGUAUGUCCAGCUGGUGUGCCAGCUCAAGAUGAGCGGCUCCAUACGACAGCAACUGGACGCAUUCCUGGAGGGCUUCUACGACAUUAUUCCAAAGCAUUUAAUAUCGAUUUUCAACGAACAGGAACUGGAACUUCUCAUAUCCGGCCUGCCGGAUAUUGAUAUUGAAGAUCUAAAGGCCAACACCGAGUACCACAAGUACACAUCCAAGUCGGCACAGAUACAAUGGUUCUGGCGCGCCUUGCGCAGCUUCGACCAGGCGGACCGGGCCAAGUUCCUGCAAUUCGUGACGGGCACCUCCAAGGUGCCACUGCAGGGCUUUGGCUCGCUGGAGGGCAUGAAUGGCAUACAAAAGUUUCAGAUUCAUCGCGACGAUCGAUCCACGGAUCGUUUGCCCUGUGCCCACACCUGCUUCAACCAAUUGGAUUUGCCCAUGUACAAGUCAUACGACAAGCUGCGCAGCUGCCUGCUCAAGGCCAUACACGAGUGCUCCGAGGGCUUUGGGUUUGCCUAAGCUGAGAAAACUAUUCCUAAAUGCCACGCGAUUCGGGGGAGAGAAUAAGGAUUACGAGGAUACAGAACAGCCACGAUAGAUAAAUGAGAGAGAAAUGGGUCAGAGAAACAGAAACAGAAACUGCAUACACACACACAUAACGUACACCACGGUACAUAUAGUUAUAUAGUAUAUAUAAAAAUGUUGAAUUAAUUAUUAAUUUUCGCGCCUAUAUAUAUACAAUAUAUAUUUUCUUAAAUUUUCAAAAGAAAAACCGAUAAAAGUCGAAGAAAGCAUGCAAAAAAAGAAAAAAAAACUAAAACAAAAACCAAGAAAAACCAAGAAAAAGGAAAUCCAAAAAAAAAAUGUAUACAUCCUUAAAUUUUUGUAAGUCUAAAAGUCUACACACACACAUACACUCUUUAUUUGCAAAGUAAACAUUUAAUUGUAAACAAAACACAAACACACCUUUAUUUUCAACACGAAACCCAAGUCGAGAAUAGCUAAAACGAUGAUACAGAUACGCGUAGUAUAUAGUAAAAAAUGCACAUAAACAAGGAGAACAACAACAAAACACACACAUACACACACCACAGGUUAUACGCUUUGGUUUCGUAUUUACUUAAGUGAACUUACCGAAGAAAAGGUCGGAUGAAUGGCAGGUGGAAAUAAUUAAACGGAUUAAAGUAUUUUGAUGUAAGAGAAUUAAGUCCCUAUGUUAUGCAUUUUAUGUUUAUCUUCAUUUGAAACAAUGAGUCGCGGAUAUAACUUAAGGAGAAUGGAAUAAAAUAAGAGAGUAAGCGCUCAUUUAUCAUAAUA